UUUCUGUCUGUGUGAGCAUUUGCACUUUGACUGCCAUUGGAGUGGACCGUUAUUUUGCCGUAAUUCGACCCCUCAAGUCCCGUAUUGAUCGUUUCCGGAGCAAGAGCAUGAUCGUCAUUAGUUGGGUGGCUUCGAUUCUUCUGGGAUCUGUCGAGUUGUUCAUGGCACGGACCACCAAGUACGACUUCUGUGGACAGCUUGUGACGAUCUGUAGCGAACACUGGCAGAGUGACGGCAUGCGGUUGAUGUAUGACAUGGUGAACGUUGUCUUGGUAUAUGUAGUCCCACUCAUAGUCCUCACCUUUACCUAUACCGUGGUGGGAAUGCGGCUCUGGGGUCGAAGCAUGCCAGGAAACGCAGACUUUACUCGGGAUAUGACGCAAGAGAGGGCAAAGAGAAAGGUGAUCAAGAUGCUAGUGACCAUUGUCCUGACCUUUGCCCUCUGUUGGUUACCGCUCCACAUCUACCAGCUCCUCGGGAACGUGGCCCGGAAGAUGCUGUUAGCCAACCCAUCGAGUACCUUCCCGCUCUUCUUCACCAUUCACUGGCUGGCCAUGGCUAACAGCUUCAUCAACCCUAUCAUAUACGGCUUCCUCAACGACGGCUUUAGGGCUGACAUUAGACGUGUUUUUCGUCGCUGUGGGCCAUGGAAGGAGAGCAUCAAACCAAAGGGUCGUUACCAGGGCCGUUUGAGCCUCCAGUCAAGUCUCAACACAACGAGGACCACUACAUAAAUCAGUGCUUCUGCAAAUUGGCAAUCCAUUUCCUCAAAACGAACAAUGUAUGUCUAGAGAAUUUUUGUAAAGUGGGAACUAGAAAGAAGACGUUGGAGAUUAGCUCUUUAGCUGGAAACGUGAUAUGAUUAUCACAGAUAACUGCGGACGACAACUGAAAUCUUCCCAUGAAAAAAAAACUUGAUGGGUUUAUGGUAACUCCCGUAGGAACUCGGCAGGACAGCAUUUUGCUGAUAAACGCCAAGCUGGUAUAUAACCAAUUACCUAGGAAACAUUUUGACAUCUAGGUUAAUCAGUCAUAAUGGCUGACCUUAUAGUAGAUGACGGAAAUUACUCUCGGGCUUUAUUUAUCAAAGUGGAGACAAUGGCAGAGUUGGGAUUCGAACUCACAGCCUUGUGAUUGUGCGUCCAAUGCUCUAACCACUGGACCACACGAGACAAAGCUGAAAGAUACAGAAUCAGCUAUAUUGGCCCAAAACUGUAUAUUUUAAUGUUUAAAUUGUAUUCAAAGUAUACAGACAAUUGUCUCAUUUGUCAGUGUAUUCUUGAUGUGUUAUUACAAAAUGUGUUCAAAGGUUUGGACAAAAUCAACUCAAGAAUUUACAUUUUUCAUUCAGAAAUUAUGUUCUUCAUGCUAGCUAUUUCCAAUGCCCUUAUAUCAGUGUAUAACAUAUGAUUUCAACAUGUGCGUUAUUAUGAAAG